GGGGGGACUGAAGGAUUACAAAUUUAAGAAUCUGUUUAAAAUAUGCUGAUCCUAUGCAUAUUUGUUAUAGGUUCCAAUAUGACAACAUGAACUGAAAAAGUUAUGUAUAUUGUGACAGUCUAAGAGCAGGCAGCCCAGGCCCUGAGACAGUAACCUUUCAGUUCCUGAACAUCUGGCAGGUUUUCCCAAGUUAAGUGUGAAUUCUAAUCUCAAGGUACAACUGUGCCUUUUGUUUAAGCACCUAUGCAUUUGAAUGACACUUGUAUGCUAAAUAGAUCAAGGCUGGGAAAAAUCUUUAACUGAGCUGUUUUCCUGUACCACAUUUGCAUGCUUUGUUUAGAUUGUUUCCACCUCUAUGUACUCCUCCCCCUUCAAACCUAUAUACUCUGCUGUGCUGAGCUUUGAGAAGACAACUUUUUGAAGACUGCAGUGCAGAGCAGCGAGUAUCUGAAUAAAGAGAAACUUCUGCUUCAAGAUAUCCAAAAACGUCUCCUGGUCUCUAAGAAAAAAAUUCACAACAGUUUUGGUGCCGUGACCCGGAUAGAGCUUCUCGCCAGACAUCGUUCCAGACUGAAUUCCAGAAACUUUUUUCAGCUCAACAACGAUUUGGUGAGUGUUACUCUAUUCAAAGAACCACUACAGACCAGUACAUGUGGUUAGCCUCUGCGCCGCCAGAGAAGUGUUAACAAACAGCUGCAGGGUUUGGUUAACAGACUAGUUAUCCUCUAUUCAGCUAGAGAAGAUUAGCAUUACGUGCUAAUAUCUGUUAUGCUCUGUUUCAGGCAGAGAAGAUUAGCAUAAAGUGCUAGUAGUUUAUGUUCAGGAAUCCUCUGCUUUGCCAGAGAAGGUUGAAUACAUGAUAAUGUGUAUUAACUAGGUUUUCCUCUGCUUUGCCAGAGAAGGUUAACAACAGUUGUUCUGUGUUGACAAAUUUAUGCUCUGCUUGCCAGGGAGGUGUUAGAAGUGUAUUGUUGUGUCAGAAAGACAUUACAAAAUGUUGAGAAGGAAUGCUAGGUUGAUUCCCACAACUGAGAAAGGUGGACUAGCUACCCCUUUACGGACAGACAAUGAGUUCAAAUCAUUGUUAGGAGAGCACAUGGACUCAAUAGUGACAGAGUCAGUCAGAUUGGAUUUAACAAAGAAAUUUGGUAUUGAUCCAGAAAAAGUAUGGUCAAUUGAAGAAUGCAAAAAGGUACUUGGAGCAUGUAUCAGAAAGAAAAACAUUAAAGGCAUUAUCUGCUGCCACAGAGAGUUUACUUUAUCCUUAGCACAAGAACAAGCUCAGUGUAUUGCUAAGUUAAAAGAACAAAACAAACAACUACAAACUAGAGUGUCCUGUCUCACUAAAAAGGUGGGCCAUAACAAGGCCUCAACCAAAAGUGAUUCAAAAGACCAACAGUCAGAUGAAAGCUAUCCUGACUUACAGUCUUUGUGUAGACUAGAGGACAAUAGCAAUACUGGAUUAAGAGAUAAAAAUGUAAAUGCAGUUGAAGUACGUGGAGCGAGAAAAGGGGCUCAGAGUAGGGUAGAAGGUGUUGAAACUGUUCCAUCUGCAACCCCCAGACUCCAGUUACAAGCAGUCCAUACAGCGCUAGGACCUAAAGAUAUAGAGAGACUAUCCCAGAGCUUACCCUCAGCAUGCACAAAUUUUUCUGAAUUUAGAAGAGCAUUGACUAGCAAAAUGCGUCUCUACGACAUGUCGUUAGCAGAAGUCACACAGCUGAUGUCACAAAUUCUAACUGAAUCUGAAUUCAACAGUUUUGAGUCUGCUGUUACUUCUGAACUACAACAUGCCAGUAAAGCGGAUUUGAGAGAAGGUGUUUCGAAAAUUCUAAAGAAUAUCGUGGGACCCAAAAUAGACUGGUCCAGAAUCACUAACUGUGUGCAAAGGAAAGAAGAAACUGUGAAUGAAUACAGUGAAAGGUUCUGCCAGACAGCUGUAACUUACAGUGGAAUAGUUGAUAAUUCUGAAAGUGUGCUAGAUGACAAGGGACCCUUAGUCCGCAUCUGGUCAGAUGGUCUUGUAGCUGAGUACAGAAAAGCCUUGACAUUCCUAGAUCUAACUUGGUCUAACAAAACUCUCAGAAGUAACCUAGACAUGUUAGCUAUUUGGGAAAGAGACUCUGAUGUUAAAGCAAGAGUAAAGAUUGCAGCAGCAUCCUUUCAGGUCAACACAAAGAACCAACAGAAACGAAAAUGUCCUAAGAGGGAGGCCAGUUGUCAUUACUGUGGUAAACCUGGACACUGGAUGAAAGAGUGUAGGAAAAACAAAAAGUAUGUAAGAGAAAUGAACGCUGUAAAUCAGCUCUUACUCAGUCUGCUUGCAACUCUGAAGCAGACCCUCCCCACUACACCAAACUCGUGGGGCAGCUUGCUGAGGUGCUAACUGUUAAGACUGUGAGUUCUUAAUUACCCCAAUAAUCUACAACAAAGAUGAAAAGAUUCUUUGUAAAUAGAACAAAAGGAAGUUGACUUCCUCCCACUGGGGGACUCUGGUUAAGUACACUCACAGCCAAAAACAAUACUACAGCACACUCACCUAUCCUCUAUGGGUUAUGAUGUUUGCUAUGACUGAUGUUUCAUUAGAGGAUGGAGUAAUUGCACAGUUAAGUUCCCACACCAACUACAGGGACAGACUAGGACACACAGGCCAGUGAGGAGCCCAGGGAAGAACCGAAGUGCAACAGGCCUCGGGGGCCAACCCUGUGGUGAAGAUUUCCUCAUAGGUUUUUUCCCCUCAUCAGUUUGUCCCCACCUCACUGGUCCAUAGGUGUCAAAUGACUUAAGACUAGGUCAACAAAACCACUAUACGAUCACUAGACUUAAAACCACUAUACGAUCACUAGACUUAAAAUGACUAUACGAUCAACAGAAGUCUACAAAUGUCUAUGCAUGAAUACUGCUGGUCUGCUGUUUCUCUGUUUUCUUGUGUUGCAGGUAUAUGUACAUGCCAUGAUGUCUUCAAAAGCAGCAUCCUGGAGUAAAGCAUCACCUCAGACAUCCAUGAACAAGAUUCAUGAGGACAAAGAGUCAUCUAAAUGAAUCUACGUGGGAAAUGGACUACAGAAAACUACAGACUACACAGCUAUUCAGGCGCCAUGGACGUCAGGACUUCCACUCUUAUGCUACAUGGUUUUCUGUGUCAACAUGUAGCUUGUACGACAUGUUACCAUCCAUGUCGUAUGUGUCAACAUUUAUGGUUCUGAAAAGAACUAUCACACCUAAUUAAAUCUUGGACAAGACACAGAAUAAGAUAUAUGUGCCUGUAACUAUUUCAAGUUACAUGAAUGGAAGAUGGAGCUCAAUGUUAACAAACAUAGGCUAUAGAAUGGAUUUAUGGAGGUUUAAAUUUGUAUUAUGUGAGAGUUAUUAGAACUCUCAAAGGGGGGACUGAAGGAUUACAAAUUUAAGACUCUGUUUAAAAUAUGCUGAUCCUAUGCAUAUUUGAUAUAGGUUCCAAUAUGACAACAUGAACUGAAAAAGUUAUGUAUAUUGUGACAGUCUAAGAGCAGGCAGCCCAGGCCCUGAGACAGUAACCUUUCAGUUCCUGAACAUCUGGCAGGUUUUCCCAAGUUAAGUGUGAAUUCUAAUCUCAAGGUACAACUGUGCCUUUUGUUUAAGCACCUAUGCAUUUGAAUGACACUUGUAUGCUAAAUAGAUCAAGGCUGGGAAAAAUCUUUAACUGAGCUGUUUUCCUGUACCACAUUUGCAUGCUUUGUUUAGAUUGUUUCCACCUCUAUGUACUCCUCCCCCUUCAAACCUAUAUACUCUGCUGUGCUGAGCUUUGAGAAGACAACUUUUUGAAGACUGCAGUGCAGAGCAGCGAGUAUCUGAAUAAAGAGAAACUUCUGCUUCAAGAUAUCCAAAAACGUCUCCUGGUCUCUAAGAAAAAAUU